UGCUUCCUUCUGAUUUCCUUGUUCUGUGAUGAAAAGUCAUGUGAUCUAAAGCCUACUGAAGUCAAUCAGAGUCUUUUAUUGACUUCACUGAGCGUUGGAUCAGUCCUUAGUAAGCAGCUUUCUCCUUUCACUUGGGAAAUUGUUGCUAUAAAGUAUGCUCACCUGCCUCUCCCCACUCUUUGAUCUUUGCUGUGCCCCUGUGUGUCUGCGGACUCAGGAAGACUAUGGGCUCACUUUUGAAAAGUAAUACUGGUGACCAUAAAGACUGGAAACAUGUUUUUUUAAAUUAAAUUAAAACUUGCAUUGUGCAGAAGUGGAUGGUUAAUAUGUGACAGGUUAUGUCCCUUAAGAAGCUUUCAUAGAAAAACAAAUUAAAGCCCCAAUCUUAUAACUGGCUCCACCUGGGCAAACAGCUGCAUGUAUGCAGAGCCCUUUGAAGUCAGGGGCCUGAUUACACAGACCCAGUUACAGGCUUGGGACUAAGUCUUUAUGGAUACAGUGCUCUGAAUUCUCUCUAGAACUGCAUGCUAUGCAUGUUGUCAUUCCAAAACAUAUGAGGAAAUUAGCAUUAUAAACACAUACAUCACAAUCUCACUUGAAGCAAAAAGUCUAGUCUACUGUAAUUUAUGUAUUCUUAAUGUUAUGUAAAGCUGCCGCUCAAAUGUGACUGUAAGAUCUGUAACUUGUAUCAUUAAGGUCUGCAACAAGGUUGCAGACUUUGUAACUUCAGUUAUUGUUACCAUAGCCUUUUAAGUUUUGUAACCUUUCCAAGCUCUGUAACCUUUUCAAGUUACCACUUGUAUGAACUGCCAAGCUUUGUAAUAUCCCAUCACGCAAUCAGAGAGAGUGUGAACAAGGGAGUGUGUGUGUGGAAGAUAAGGGGGUGUGAACAAGAAAGUGUAUGGGGGACUGCAAGGAGAAAAGAGCCAGGAGCGUCUGAUGUAAUCUGCCCUGAGAAGGCAAUCACGGAGUGCUGUAAAGAAAAGAUCCACGAAAGGAACAGGGACUGGGAAUGCUUCUCGGUGAUGGACAUAGAAGAAAAACUCAGUGUACGUGACAGGAGCACCCACUUCUAAAAUAAAAGGAAGUAGCCGUGCACACAAGCUGCUGCUCCUUGACCUGUUCACCAGCCCAGAUCCGUGACUGCUGUUGGACACACCAGAUCUACCGCACUUCGGCUUCUUGGCUUCCCAUGCUGUCUCUGGUAACUCUCCACCUGUAUCAGUAAGUCUCAGUGCCUGGUGUACUCUGAUCUCUUCAGCAGAGAAUCUAUAAAUCAGUUGUCCAUUUUGCUGAAAGAAAUAGAAAAUGACCAAAGUUGAAAAGUUUGCUCUUCAUGUCCCAAGUCUAGAGGAACUUUCUGGGGUCCUGCAGAAUGGGCUUACAGAGAACUUUGCUGAUGUCCAGGUCUCUGUAGUAGAAUGCCCUGAUCUGACUCAUGAUCCCUUCAACUUCCCUGUUAAAGGAAUCUGUGGGAAUCCUAGAAUAGCAGAUGUGGGUGGUGUUCCUUAUCUUGUGCCUCUUGUACAAAAAGAUAAAGUUUAUGACCUGAACGCUGUUGCAAAGCAAAUAGAAUUGCCUGGAGCUUUCAUUCUUGGAGCUGGAGCUGGGUCCUCUAGGAUUCUUGGAGUAAAUGCUGAGUUUAUCCCAGUUGUUCAAGCUGAGAGUGAACAAAAGCCUGCUGUAAAUGCAAGUUACACCGCUCAGAUUAAUCCUGCAGAUGGAGGGUGCCUCCUGGAGAAGUACAGCAAGAAAUAUAGUGACUGUGAAUUUGGACUACUGGCCAACCUGUAUGCCAGUCAGGGCCAACCUGGCAAGGUUAUUGAAGUGAGAGCCAAUGGAAGAACUGGACAGCACAACUUUGUGACCUGUAUGAGACAAAUUAUAGAAAAAUGCUAUGGAGAUAAACCAGUUGGGAUAGGCGGUACAUUUGUCAUUCAAAAGGGGAAAGCAAAGAUUCAUAUCAUGCCCCCAGAAUUUUCUGCCUGUCCUUUAAACACUGAUGAGGAAGUGAAUAAUUGGCUCCAUUUUUUUGAAAUGAAGGCUCCGUUGAUAUGUCAGCCAAUACUAAUUUCCAGAGAUCCAGGGUUUGAUCUGCGAGUGGAGCACACCCAUUGUUUCAGUCACCAUGGUGAAGGAGGACACUACCAUAAUGACACUACGCCAGAUAGUGUGCAGUAUCUGGGAUAUUUUUUGCCUGCAGAACUUCUCUUUCGUAUUGAUAGACCCAAGGAGUCUCAUAUGGUUGGGAGAGAUUAAAUCCUUGGAUGCACACUUAGUUUGGAGUGUAAGGAUAGCCAUUUUUAAAAAUGAAAUAUUGGAUUUGAUAAGUCUUUUAAUUGACAUCAAGCACUCACAUGAAAAGUUGGCAUUUUAUUGCAGUCUUAGUCUUUUUAAAGAAUGGGACACAUUCAGAUUUUAGAUUGUUUGUUUGUGAUUUGAAAUAGUUAUUUGAAUUCAAAUUUUUAUACAAACAUCAAAGCCAAAUAGUUUGUAUUAAUGAUUUAUUUUGUUCCAUAUUGAUUACUUUACGCAGGCAUUACUAAGUGACUUUCUCUGGCUAUAGAAAGCCAUUAUUGAGAGCUCCACAUUCUAAAUGGAAGAAGAAAAGAGAUGCCAAUCAAGAAUCAUGUAACUACACUACAAUUCAGAAUCUGAUAUUGACAUGGCUGUGUGCCAUUUUAGCCAUAUGUGCUCUAGUGGGUUAUAUGUGGGUAAUGGGACUGGCCACUUAUUUUAAUCGGUAAUUACAAGAGACUUGUUUGAAAUAAGAAGGCACUUGUAGUUCCACUCAUGUAACUUCUAGCUCAGCAGAACUACAGGGUGGUGCAAUCCUACAACUACAAGAGUCAGUGGCAAUACUCCCAUUGAUUUUACUGAGAGUGUAGAGGACCUACAGGUAUGGAAAUGCAAACUUGUCAAGGAGGGACUUUUCUUGUUUUUUACUGGUGCUUACAAGCUAGCUAACUACUUAACAAGCAUAGGACCAUUUCUAGGAUUUUAAAUGCUCAUGUUACUAUCGUGCCAUGAGUGCUUGAUUAUUUUCUCAUACCAGUUUAAAUGAGGAAUAACUUUAUUGAAGUGAGUGGAGUUACAGUGGGCUGACUGGAGGAUCAGGCCCUGUUUGUUUCUAGUUUUGAAUAAGGCUGAAAUGCAGGAGCACUUUGUCAGUAUUCUUUUUUUUUUUUUUUCCUUUACAUGCUGAUGAUAUUUGUGUCCUAUUUGUCCUGCCAAUAAAGUUUUACUGAAUUGAA